GUGCGCCCAGCCCGCCCUCUUCCGCUGUAGCUGUAGGAAUGGAAACAUCUGGCCCACGUGCCGGAAGCCAGCUUGAGGCGACGACGGCGCACCACUCAGCGUCCUACUGCGCUGAGCCCCUGCUGGUGUCAUCGCGAGACAAGCUCGCCGAAAUGGCCGCUUCCAGUCAAGGAAACUUUGAGGGAAAUUUUGAGUCAUUGGACCUUGCAGAAUUUGCUAAAAAGCAGCCAUGGUGGCGCAAGCUGUUCGGGCAAGAAUCUGGGCCUUCAGCCGAAAAGUAUAGUGUGGCCACCCAGCUGUUAAUUGGAGGCGUCACUGGAUGGUGCACGGGUUUCAUAUUCCAGAAGGUUGGAAAGUUGGCUGCAACAGCUGUGGGAGGUGGAUUCUUUCUCCUUCAGCUUGCAAACCAUACUGGGUACAUCAAAGUUGACUGGCAGCGAGUAGAGAAGGACAUGAAGAAAGCCAAGGAACAGCUGAAGAUCCGUAAGAGCAACCAUAUACCUACAGAGGUCAAAAGCAAAGCAGAGGAGGUGGUGUCAUUUGUGAAGAAGAAUGUUCUAGUGACUGGUGGAUUUUUUGGAGGCUUUCUGCUCGGCAUGGCAUCCUAAGGAGGACAACUUCACUUCCAUUAUUCCUGGUUUUUCCAACCAGCAGCCUCUUCACUCCAUCAUUAGGACAUCAGUCUUUCCUCCUCCUCCUCUUAGCCUAUGCCUUUCUCCCUGCUGUGGCAUAUCUGAAUGGCUUCUAUAGGCAUCUGUUGGUACAAGUUGGUACAGCCCUACUGUGAGCUUGACGGCGAUGGAAGAGACAAUAGACACUAGCUCUUCUCCCAGCACACUCCCCAGUUGACUAAUCUGUAGGUCGGCAAGAAUGUUCUUUUCCCCCUACAUAAGAUACCAGAGCAUGGUGCAAGGUGGCUCACCGUGGAGGAUGAGUGGAUCCUCAAAGGUUGUCCCAAACUUGAUUUGGAAAAGAAAUAACAAGCACGUAGAUAGAUACCUUAUUAUGUGCUGCAUGGAAAGAGACUGAAUACAUUUGCCUUUAAAUGUGAAAGAUUUUGAUAUCUUAGUGUCUACUUUCUUUAUUAGUUGGUUUUAGAUUAUGGAAAGAGAGCUGUUUAUACCUGCUAUAAUUAUCCUGACAAAAAUGGAAGCAUAAGCACUGUAAUUAAAUCUGAAUAUGGAA